UUUCAAUCGAUCCACCACCUCGUCCACGCAGGUUCAGCGUGGUGGCAAGCUCUUCAAUACGGCAACACAAUGGCCUGUCCGGCGAAUUUCCUUUCCCAGAUUCAGAUGAGAAUACUCAGCGCUGCAGGACUGCGGCAGAUACAGAGCUACACAACAUGAUACCCUCAUCGCAGACGACAGCGUCCUCGCUGCUCCGCCUACCCAACGAGGUCCUCCUGCACAUUUUUUUGCAUCAUUCGCACCUCAGCCUACCCGAUCUUGCCUCGCUCUCCCUUGUUCAUCCUCGUUUCGCUCCUCUCUGUCAGCGGGCGACCGCGUCACACCCUCAGCGCGAUUAUCUCUGGUGCGGAUCUGGUUGGAUCCCGCGUGACAUUCUCUGCCUUGCUGAAUGCAACGACGAGGGGAAGACGGGCUGGCUUCGUCUCAGCGUGGACAAGGACAAAGAUGAGGAUGCAAAUCCGUACAAUUUGGGAAAAAACUUGUGCAACAAGUUGUGGGAUCGUUUCAAUGAUGACUACUUUCCGACGAGAGACCUCAUGCAUCUCGCAGAACUCUUCUCCCUCAUGGCCUCAUAUCUGCAUCGGACCCACGCUGGCUUCCCCUCUCUGGUCAGAGGGGCUCUUCCUACUUCGCAUCUCACCACGGAAUCGCAACGCGCCUCCCAUCGCCUCAUGCUCUUCUUUCAAGCGCUUCUUUACGCCCUCAUUCGCUCCCUGACACGGCGGGUGCGCAACCUCUCAGGGCGAAGUCGAGAGGCAAAGGAGUACAGUCAAGUACUGGGCGUCGAGCCUGGCAGACUGAACGAGUCACAAGAGAUGGACGAGGAGCUGCGCUGGGAGCUAGGGAUGCUAAGGAAGGCGCUGCUGCGGUGCGAUCCCCUCCACGCUCAUACUCACCGCGGCAAGGAAGGGCAGCCGGCGUGCUCCUGCUUCUCCCGCAGCCACGCCUCGUGGUACUUGAUCUGCUGGCACUUCCUCACGGUAAGGUACCGCCGCUUUCUCUCGCCGGAGGAUAUAGAUCAUAUUGCUUUUCGUAGCAUCGAGUUUUCUGUGCCGUCAUUUCCUGCUGAGGCGAGCUUGCAAGGUGGAGAUGCGGGAUCUACCGACAACGCGGGCAAUGGAUUGGGUGCUUUUGCUUGGAGCUUCCACCUCCCAGGCUUUCUUGGCACGGCAUCAUCCAGCACCAGCACGGCGGCCGCCACCCUUCCAGGUCCCAACGGUCCACCCCUCCUCAACCCAGACUCCCUUCUCUUCUCACUCACGGCAAGCCCCACGUCCCAGCAGACGAAAGAAUGGUUUGGACUUUCAGAGUUUGCGCUCCCUGCCACUGCUGCGAGAAUGUGGGCUGGAUGGCUAGGGUACGGCUGGGGAGAGGGAGGAGCCUACUGGGAAGAAGGUGGGAGGAGAGAAGCCGAGGCGAGGCUGGGCGUAAUGCGAGGAGAUGCGAGUGGUGGUGGGCAGAAGGUGCUACCUGUUGAGAGGGUGUUGAUGGCGCACGCGAGAUGGAGAGCGAGGGCGCUGCUCACCCAGCGGGAGGUUCUUUUGCCCUCUGCCUCGCUGGUUCCUGACCAAAUCGAGAAGCAGCAGGAUGGCAUGGACAGCAAAGCAGUAGCACAGCGCCGUUCUGUCCUCCUUUCACGCUCGGCAGCGUUCGAUUUCCACUUCCUGAGCCGAUGCCUGCAAAUCCAGACGUGGGCCCUUCGCGGCUGGGGCUCCACGCCUGGACUUACGAGCGAGGCUGUCAACGAUCGGACGACGGUCCCUCCUGGCAUGGGCGUGGAGACAGCACCAGUGAGAGGCUCGGUAGCCCGUAGCAGCCCGUUUGCUAUCUUCCUAGCCCCAGACGGACAGGGCACUGGCGUUGUCUCGUCAGCACCGCGGCGCCGCUUAUGGCGCAGUGUCAACGCCUUCCUAGCAGCUUGUCUCCCGCGUAAGCACCGAGAAGCCAUGCUUGCACGCUGCGAGCGUCAGGAAGCUCGCGAGCAACAGCUACUCUCGGCUCGUAGGUGGCAGCAGGCCUGGGUUUCAGUGCAGGAGCCGCUGCUUUCGUUCAUGACAGAGGAAGGGAAUGUGUCGCCGCCCAAAGACGAGGGAGAUGUUUCUGCAGAUGAUGAGCUGACUUCGGCUGUCAAGGCGGCGCUCAAGCAGGAACGGCGGACUCUGCAGCUUCUAGGCGACCUUCACCACGGUCUGUCGCCUCACGGCGAGAAGAGCUCGACUGUCACAAUGUGCAACGAGGAUCCCACGAUAGAGUCACCGCCCGAAAAUGACACCUCUGCGAACAAGGACGGUGAAGAGCGUUCCACCCAGCGAGGUCAGUUGCACACAUGGCUCGGGACCACUCCGCCUUCUCGCUCGUGCAAUCGCAACUUAUCGAGCCGAUUGGUGCCCACCUUGUCACUCGAGUCAAGUGCAGUCGUGCUGCUUUUCGCAAUUUCACUUUUCGUCCUCAUUGCCUCAAUUGUACUCUAUCGACGCAUGCAAUGAAAGCAGGACGAGCCUUCGUCCUUCGUAGCUUCGACUUCAUCGAUUUGAUUCGACCGUGACAGCGAUGAGGCUUGUCGUGACAUGGGUCAUCACGGGUUGUG